AUGUCUGUCCGUAUUUCAGCCAUGAGUGUUCUCCCUCCUGUUCGAAAGGACCGUGUCAUCGCUCAGCUCCCUCAGGUAAAGUCAUGAACUCUGUAAGCGAUAAUCCGCAUACCUAAUGAGAGUCCUAACAGGGUGAGACAUGACCUCUUUUUUCACUUCUCAUCAAAGUCUUGUCUCACCCUGUUUGGCUUCUCAUUUACACAUCACCUGCUCACUCUGCAUCAUGCUGCUUGUUAGCUAAUUUUACAUUCUCCCUUCUGCAGUGUUAUAGGAAAGAGGCAGCCUUACACACGAAAGAGGAGUUCAACAACAAAGUGAAGACUGCCUGUCAGGAGCAGCGCACUGGCACUGUGGGGUGAGUCCUGCAACCAGAGAGGAAAUAAGACGCAGGGAGUGGUGUAAGGGGGCACUUGUUUAAUAUUUUCUUUUUUCUCUUGUUUUUAUCUCAGCAGAUUUAAAAUCUCUAAAGUCAUCGUGGUGGGUGACCUGGCUGUGGGUAAAACUUGUCUGAUUAAUAGGUAAGCUUUAAUGCAUUUAAAACAGGGCAACUUCUGGGUAAUAAAUAACAAAACUGAGGAAGACUGUGAACCUCCUACAAGGAAGCAAUAUCUUCAGAAUUCAUUAUUAUUAGUUUUCCUUUAUUCCUGUGAAAUAACUCUUCGACUGAAGGUUCUCAGAGGGCACUGCUUUCAGCUCAGCAGUUUGGUUCAAAUGAGGGUCGAAAUCAGGUCAGAGUAGCUGGAUGAUCUGAUUUUUGAAUGACACAAAUGAUUAUGAAGUUGAGCUUAAAUGCUUGUCUUGUAGUGGUAUUGGUACUACAUGUGUAAUUCUCCCCAAAUUGUAAAAAUAAAGCUUUUUCUUCAGCUGCAAGGCCUGGACCUUCCCCCUAACACCAGUGUCAGACAUAAUGAAAAUAAGGUUUAAAAAUGUCAGUCUUGUCUUUGCUGCUGAUUUUUUUUUAACCCAGUCGCUUUAAAGAAAUCAAAAUGUUUUUUUCUGUCUAUUUAUUUAAUUAAAAGGUUCAGGUUUAGCAGUUUUGUUCUUCAUUUGUUAGUACUAUCAAGUUUUUGUCUAACAAAUGUAAAAAAAUACUGUGAUAUUAGCAUCAGAUAUCAGCAAUUUUUAAUCCUGCUUUCGCUAUUGGAGUCAUCAUUGGCUGUUAAAAUACUGAUAUUUUUUUACCCCUGAUUUGCAUCCCGUUUUUUGUGUAUUUAGGUUUUGCAAAGAUGCCUUUGAUAAGAACUACAAAGCCACGAUCGGGGUCGACUUUGAGAUGGAGAGGUUUGAGGUGCUGGGAGUUCCUUUCAGCCUGCAGCUGUGAGUCUCUACUUUCAGAAAUAACACAGUGUCAGUAAACUGUGUCUGUCUGUUGUGUGCUCACUGAUCUCUCUUUAUGUUACAGCUGGGACACUGCUGGCCAAGAGAGGUUCAAGUGCAUCGCGUCUACGUACUACAGAGGAGCUCAGGGUGAGAAACUUGUGUUAAAACACUGUUUAAUCAAAAACAUGAUGUCAUGAUGAGAAAAAAAUGUUUUUUAAGCAUCUGUGAUAUUUCCUUUAAUUGCAGUUGUGAUCAUCGUGUUUGAUGUGAAUGAUGUUGCAUCUUUGGGCCAUGUGAGGUAAAAUGAUUCAUGUAGAGCUGACAUUAUUUACACUUUUAUAGCUUUUUUCCCCCCAAACUGUAGGAAUCAAACUUGUCUGUUUGUGUUUGCAGGCAGUGGCUGGAGGACGCCUUAAAAGAAAACGACCCCACCGCUGUUCAGCUCUUCCUUGUUGGCACAAAGAAAGACCUGAGUGUGAGUCCGUUUGACUGUUUAAAGUUUAAAGUCUGUGUCUUUUACACAAGUCAAACGUCCGUUGUUUGGGUCUUUGCCAGCAGCACAAAGAGCUUGUGCCCUCGCUCAGACCUCAGGAAUGUUGUUUCUCCAUCAUUAACCAGACUGGGGCCGAAAAGAUGGGAAUAAGACUUUCAUAAUAAGAUAUUACUGACUGUAGAAAGGAGGUUGUUUAUUUAGGUUUCUGAUUGGAAGAGAAAAAGAGCUGCAAACUCAAAACUCCUUUUUAGUUAGGACUUUUUAGGGACAGUCAGUUGGAAAAAGGUCUUUGAGCAGAAACUAUAAUUUCCUGUCCUUUUUUAAAACUAUGGGGGCAGCAUCAUGAAUAUAGGGGGAGUUUCAACAAACAGGAGGAAUGUUUGCAAUCAAAAACUUUUCAACCACAUGCAUCUGAUACUGAGGGAUCCUUUGAAUCUACUUAAGAAGUUUGUAAUUUGAACUAUGUUACAUGUUGAGAGUUUUUAUCAGCUCGUAAAAAAUGUUAAGGAGAGUCUGUUUGCCUGGGUUUGAUGUGAAUAUGUUUGUUUGUGAUUGUACUGUCUUUGCCGUCUUCAACAGUCUCCUGCUCAGUAUUCUCAGAUUGAACAAGAUGCCCUCAAAAUUGCACAAGAGAUCACAGCAGAGUAUUGGGCCGUGUCGUCCCUGACCGGUGAGUCGGAUUAUUUGACUUAAGAGUGAAAUUCAGUGAUCAUUUUUAUCACUAGAUCACUUAAAAGUUUGUAGUAAACUUUACUCAGAGUAUCUCUUUUAGUCAUUUAUUCAUUUUUUUCCCUGGAAGAGUAAUAUCAGCCAGUGAGACAGCUAAAAAAAAUCUACAUAUACAUGACAUGGCUGCUGAUAAAGAGGUUUUAAUAAAGUGAUGGGGUUCAUUUGAUGUCUCUUCCCUAUUUCAAUAAACUUCAAUAAACUAAUUUUUACAUCGUCAACUUCUGCCUGCAGGAGAAAACGUGAACGAGUUUUUCUUCCGAGUUGCAUCCUUGGCCUUCGAGACCAACGUUCUUGCUGAGUUAGAGAAAAGCGGAACGAGGCAAAUCGGGGAAGUUGUCAGUGAGUAUCCGAUGAUUCCUCUGUCAUUAUUUAUCACAUUUGUCAAGUUUUUAAGACUUUGAUUUGAAUCUUUCAGAAAUUAACAGCACCUCGAACAACCUGUACACUACAUCGAAGAAGAAACAGCCGAACUGCUGUCAGUGA